AUGACCAACCGUAAGCAGCGCGCCUUCCAUUCUCUUCAUCUUUUCCGGGUCGCAAAGCCAUCUCUCGGGCCUCCAGUCAUCGCAAUCCUCCACAAACGUCUCCUUGUCUCUGUGCGUAACCCACGCGCUCAUACCGACCAUGCGAGACUUGGAGGCCGCCGAGACGGCGUUGAGGAUGCCGGAAGCCCCUUCAUAGGCCGAGGUGGAGUCAAUCACGACAUCGAUGGGUACGGGGGAGAUAAGAUGGGUGGAGCUGCUCGGAUCGCUGACAUCGCCGAUGACGGGGAUGACCACGUUCUGGACGAGGGUUUUGGCUUUGGCAGGGGUGCGGGCGAGACCGUAAAUGGUGUAGUUGCAGAGCGGAAGAGAGACUUGGCGAGAGGGAGGCCAAGACCAGGUGAAACCGCAUUAAUAACUGCAGGUGGUGAUAUCUCCGAUCUGUCAAAGGCCGAUGCGAGCAAUGAAGCGCAGUUAACAUCAAUAUCUCCAUAUCUCCACACCUCCAUAUGUGAUUUCCAAAAUACCAUGUUUGCCAUCGUCAUUGAUUGGUUGGACAUCUUUUUGACCUAUGAGUGA